GAAGCAAUCCUCCUCACACCCAGAUCCCCCCAUCCAAAAAACCUUCGACAGAACACCACCAUAAAUCUAUAAUCGAAGGAAAACCCAAAGAAACGGUUCAAAAUCCAUUCAUGGCGAUGGCAAAGUACGAUCUGACACCUCGAAUUGCCCCUAAUCUUGACAGGCAUCUAGUGUUUCCGUUGUUGGAAUUCACUCAAGAACGCGAGCUUUACCCAAACGAUCAAAUCCUCAAAGCUAAGAUCGAGCUUUUGAACAAUACUAAUAUGGUUGACUACGCCAUGGAUAUUCAUAAGUCUCUUUACCACACUGAAGAUGUUCCGCAAGAUAUGGUGGACAGGAGAGUAGAGGUAGUUGCAAGACUGAAGUCUCUGGAGGAGGCAGCAGCUCCAUUGGUCACAUUUUUGCAAAAUCCAAAGGCAGUUCAGGAGUUGAGGGCUGACAAGCAGUAUAACCUUCAGAUGCUCAAUGAUCAUUAUCAGAUUGGUCCUGAGCAGAUAGAAGCCUUGUAUCAGUAUGCCAAGUUCCAGUUCGAGUGUGGGAACUACUCAGGAGCAGCUGAUUACUUGUACCAGUACCGUGGCUUGUGCACCAAUGCUGAAAGGAGUCUGAGUGCCUUAUGGGGAAAGUUGGCGGCUGAAAUACUGAUGCAGAACUGGGAGAUAGCCCUUGAAGAGCUGAACCGAUUGAAGGAUAUUAUAGACUCAAAGAACUUUAGUUCUUCUCUGAAUCAAGUUCAAAGUCGGAUAUGGCUGAUGCAUUGGAGUUUAUUCAUCUUCUUCAACCAUGAUAAUGGAAGAACACAAAUCAUUGACUUAUUUAAUCAGGACAAGUAUUUAAAUGCCAUUCAAACAAAUGCUCCACAUCUUUUGCGCUAUCUUGCUACUGCAUUCAUUGUCAACAAGAAGAGAAGGCCUCUAUUCAAAGAGUUCAUUAAAGUCAUUCAGCAAGAGCAGCACUCCUUUGCUGAUCCAAUUACAGAGUUUUUGGCAUGUGUUUACGUCAAUUUUGACUUUGAGGGGGCUCAAAAGAAGAUGAAGGAGUGUGAGGACGUGAUACUAAAUGACCCGUUUCUGGGCAAACGAGUUGAAGAAAGCAACUAUACGGUGGUGCCAUUGAAGGAUGAGUUUCUUGAGAAUGCUCGUCUUUUCAUAUUUGAGACCUACUGCAGAAUACAUGAGCGCAUUAACAUGGGGGUGCUUGCUGAGAAACUAAACCUAAACUACGAAGAUGCUGAAAGGUGGAUUCUGAAUCUCAUUCGAACCUCCAAGCUGGAUGCUAAGAUCGACACCCAAACUGGAACGGUUGUAAUGGAACCCAAUCAUCCGAAUGUGUAUGAGCAACUUAUCGACCACACGAAAGGACUCUCAGGGCGAACUUACAAGUUAGUUACCCAGCUCUUGGAAAACUCUCAGCCACAAGCUGCUCGAUGAUUCUCUGCAUGCAUGCAUGCAUGCGUGUUUUGACUCUUUAUUUUUCGUGUUUUGAAGUUGAGCAAUGAGCAGAUUCAUGUUCAUUUCUUUAUGAAAAUUGAGAUUUUGAACCGGGAAUUGUGGUAAACGAGUAGGUUGAUAGGAACCAAAGUUGGAACUCGUUAAUUUUAUGUACGAUCGGCAUAGUUUUGUUUCGUAAUUUGUUGCACAAAUUGGUUUG